CGCGCAGGCGCAAAAAAAAAAAUUAAUGGCAGGAUUUUCAGGAUUUUGGAAAAAUCCUUUAUAAUUUGCAAAGAAAAAGUAGUCAGAGUGUUGCAAAAUGUUUAAGCUAUCGCUGAAGAAGUACUCAGCAUUUCUUUUUGUGCAAAUUGCUCUUCUAAUCUUUGAUUUGUCCGUUAAUACGUUUUCUUUCCUGGCCCGAGGAAAUAAAUCCCAUCUCAUUUCCAUCUAUAUUGCCCAGGAUGUCUGUCUUAUAAUCUCCUUCGUGGCUCUCCUGCACAGCCUGUAUUCAACCUAUGUCUGCCAGGCAGGGCUCAGUGAACUCCUCUACACCAAGUUCAGGACUGUUUUCAGCGUCCUUAUCAUUUACUUCCUGCUCUGUGUUCUCACCCAGGUUGCUUUCUAUACUCUACCCUGGCCCAAAACUAUCACAGCACUGUACAUCAUUCAGCGUCUCUUUUCUCCAUUUUACUACUAUUCCUGCAAGAGAGCUUCCCUCCGGAUGAGCGAUCCGCGCUUCUAUGAAAAUCUGGAUUGGAUCUCAGAGCAAAUGGCUAUCAAGUAAAAAAAAAGGAAAAGCAAGAAAGUCUGUUAAAAUCUGCAGGAAAACUCAUAUCAAAUCCCUCUUCUUGACCACACUAGAUAGUAAUUCCAACUCUUCUUGUUUAGUCGUAGAAGCACCACAAUGUCCCCUAAAUUGCAAUAGAAAUGUAAAAAUUCUCUGUAGAAAGAAAAUUCAUUGUGUAGAAGUAACAGAAAAUAUAUAUAUUUUGUGUGCUAAAAUGGGGAUGUGAACGAAAUAGAAA